AUGGCUGUUGCUACAAUAAAGUGUGUGGUCGUCGGCGAUGGUGCUGUCGGCAAAACAUGUCUACUGAUAUCAUACACGACCAACAAGUUUCCCUCUGAAUACGUCCCCACCGUCUUCGAUAAUUAUGCCGUCACGGUAAUGAUUGGCGAUGAACCCUAUACCCUCGGUCUUUUCGAUACUGCCGGUCAAGAAGAUUAUGAUCGCCUUCGUCCGCUAUCUUACCCUCAAACGGACGUAUUCCUCGUCUGCUUUAGCGUCACGUCUCCUGCAUCGUUCGAGAAUGUCCGAGAAAAGUGGUUUCCGGAGGUGCAUCAUCACUGCCCUGGCGUACCGUGCCUUAUAGUCGGCACACAGACAGAUCUCAGAGAUGACCCGAGUGUGAGGGAGAAGCUUUCCAAACAACGAAUGCUGCCCGUGAAGAAAGAGGACGGUGAGCGGAUGGCGAAAGAUCUAGGUGCUGUCAAAUAUGUAGAGUGCUCGGCGUUGACUCAAUACAAAUUGAAGGACGUCUUCGACGAGGCUAUUGUCGCAGCGCUGGAGCCGCCGCCAAAACAUCCGAAGAAAGAUCGGAAAGGCCACAGCAAAUGUAUCAUUCUUUGA